GCCCUCACGUGGCCGCGCUGUGGGUGGGACGGGUCAGCUGACCAGCGGCGGGGCAGAAGUGCAGGAAGCAGCGCCGGGAGCUGUUGAGGCCUAGCGGGGUCGGCGUCGCCAUGGCCAGUCAGUCGCAGGGCAUCCAGCAGCUGUUGCAGGCGGAGAAGCGCGCCGCGGAGAAGGUUUCUGAGGCCCGCAAACGAAAGAACCGGAGACUGAAGCAAGCAAAAGAAGAAGCACAGGCUGAGAUUGAGCAGUAUCGACUCCAGAGGGAGAGAGAGUUUAAAGCCAAAGAAGCUGCGGCUCUUGGUAGCCAUGGCAGUUGCAGCUCUGAAGUAGAGAAAGAAACCUUGGAGAAGAUGUCUGUCCUCCAGAACCACUUCCAGAAGAAUAGGGAGGAAGUCCUGGAAAACCUGUUGGCUUUUGUGUGUGACAUCCAUCCAGAAAUCCAUGAAAACUACCGUAUAAAUGGAUAGGAUAAAAGAAAUAAGCUCAUAUUCGAUAGAUAGGUUGGCGGUUCAGUUGUCCUACUGUAGAAUGUGAAGCUUUAGUCGUGCUGCAAUUCCAUUCUUGUAUAAAGAUUUUAAAUUAUUUCUGUAUAGUAUUUGGUAUGGUACUUUAAUCUUUUUGGAGUCUGAAGAAUCUGACUUCAUACAGACUGGAAGCUCGUCCAAAGAGUGAAUAUUCUUAUCUUUUAUUUCAUACAAACUCAUUUUGUGAGUACAGCUUUUUUUGUGCUUUUUAGUUGGUAAGCUGGAGAAUGCUACCUCCCUGGAUGGUUUUAGUGAUGAAGAAAAUUCCUUAAAGAAAGGAGUUAAAAAUUUUAUACAAUUUUAUGUAGCAUUCUCUAGAGCUUCAUUAUAUUAAACAUCAAUGAAACAUUGGGAAGCAAUGGGCAUUCUUCAAAUAGCCCUAUCAAGAUGGGUUUAGCAUAAUAAUGUUGCUGAUAUAGUCAUUUAGAAUCCUUUCAGUUACCCUUGAUGAAAGAGUACCAGCUGAUGGAACUUGGGUGCUUAUGAAUAACUUGUUACAUUUAGAAUGGGGAUGGUCACUUGAAAGUAAAGACUAUUUAACAUUCCUUACCUUGCAUCUUUUCCUUUGGCUCAUGUGUUUUUAAAGAAAUAAUUCAAAGAAGCCAGUUGCCCUAUAUAAUAUGUUGUUUGGAAAAUUAAUAGUCCCCAAAACCUUUAGAAAAUGUGCAUUGUAGGCAUUGUUUGCGGGAGGGGAAGUAAUUUUUCUAGUACAUGUUAAUCUAUUGACAUAUUCUCAUGGAUCCUCCAUAUUACUGACUUUUGAUGUCUUGUUUAAUUUGCAAAGUGGUUUCUAGUGUUCUAAAUGUUUAAUUCCUGUGGUAGCCUCAUGCCAUCUAUAGGCAUGUAAGUGUAUUAUGUAUAGGUCACUGGAGUUAAUCAAGUAUUGAGCUUCCAUUCUCUCAGCAUUGUGUUGGGUGCUGUGAGGCAGGCACUAAAGUUAUAGGUACAAAAGUUUAUAGGUACUGGCCAGUCCUCAAGGAAUUAUUUUGCAAUUGUUCAAUUUUUUCAUUGAUGGAGAACACACUGGAAUUCUUUGGGGUUUCUUAAAGAAAAUCUCAUUUUGUGCUGACCCACCCUGCUAGGAGAAGGCUAUUACAUUAGAAGAAUCUUCUGUUAUAUUAAUAACAUCUUCACAAAUCUCAGGAGUUUUAGAACUGUCACUGGUGUAACUUUGAACUUGGGAUCUCAGAAGUUUUUAAUACUUGAUAGCUUUGGAUCUCUCCAUAGCUUUAAUUUUCUAAUUCCUCUGGAGAGAACUCACUAGAUAACCCCUUCUAGCUUUAUGAUUCUCUAAAAAGGAUCACACUGUCUUAAAUGAGUGUUGUAUAGAUAGGCCCAUGAAUCAUUUGAAGGUAGUUGUGCUAUAGUUUGGCCAGUAGGAUAGGGAUAGAGGCUAGACCUCUUCUUCUUAAUUAAUGUAAGGAAUUUCUGAUGAAGAAACUCUUACAGAUGCAAGUCAGCAUUUGUCUGAAAUCUAUUUGCUAAUAGUUCCCCUCCCCCCUUCCUUUCCCCCCAAAUAACCCUGUGAGAAUUGUUUGACCUGUGGAAUUUGCAUUGGUCCAUCUCAGAUAUCUACCUAUUGACAUUCAAUAACUUUUAUUUCUUAUCCCCCUUAAAGACCACUUAUUCUUAAUUCACCCCUCUCCCCAAAAAAUAUAAAGGAAAGGCAUCAUUCAAUUUCUUUCACAUCUGCUAAAUGCCAUAAUUCUGUCUUUAUAUCAAUUCAAAUAAAUAAUGACACAAAAUUUAUUCAUUUGCUUCCAAAUCUUGGCCAUCCUAAUUAAUUUAUAUUUCACUUGUCAAAUGCCUCAAACAUAAUUGAAAAAACCUGUGAUCCUAAGCCCAAAUAUUCAGGAAACAGAUUAAUCAUCUGAUCACCUUGGGUGCCAUUCAGCUUAGGGUCUAAAUCCUCUUCUAAGUUUAUGGUUGCCUAAUUUCCAGUGUCCUAAACUCCAAUACAGCUGUACUGCAGGGAAACUGCUGUUGUGGAUAGAACAGGAAAACUUGUCUAUCAUAAACUUUUUUCUCAAAUGUAGCUGAGUAGAGGUACUGCACUGGGGUUUGUGCUUUAAUUCUCUGCUUAAAAAUAAGCCCAACCUUGCUUCUUAGUGGGUAGAGUCAUGAUGCCCUUCUGGGUAGAUUAUUCUCCAUUUUUAUAUAUAUGCACAUCAAUAUUGUACAUUGACAUGGAUGAGUUAACUAUAUAUAAUAGCAUUCACUUUUAUAUAGCUCUUUGAAAUCUUGUGUAGGUAAUGGAAUUAUGAAUAUUCCUGGUUGAGGGAACAAAGGCUCAGAGAAGGUAAAUGGGGGAAGGAGUGGUUAAUCCUUUUCAACAAUCUAAUUUGAAUAGUGGUUACCAUGCUUUUGGCUAACCUUUCUUUUUGUAAGAUGCCUGACAUCUACAAAAACAGUAAUUGAUUAAUAAAGGCUUUCUGAAUCUAUGCCUAGUUUUUGUCUUUUGGAGAGGGAGGAGGUAUAUCAAGGUAUAUUCUUCAAUUAUAGGGGGAAAAGUUUUUUUUAAAUAAGUUUCUGUGUCGGGUAAAGGGAAAGUAUACUCCAGGGUGUUUCUUAUAUAUUUUAUCCCAUUGACAAGAAUAGACAUGUCUUCAGUGCACCUUUAUCCAAGGAGAAGCUUUGUUCUCUAGUUCAGGCAGGAUGCCAAGGAUGAUCAAGGACCUAGUUAUGUGAACUUGGGAUAGUCAUUUCAUCAUAAAAAGCUGAAUGGUCCUUAAAGGCCCUCUUAUUUAAGAUACUAUAAUAUUCUUGAGUAGUUUGGGAAGUAACAGUUGUUUUGGCCUAGUAGAGAAAAGAAAAAAAUCAGAGGAGCUUAAAUCCCUAAGUGGAUCCAUGGGAAAUAAAAAUCAGCCUAGUAGUAACUCAAGAUAGCAUUCUAGAGCUGAAGGAAGCUUUAAACAAAUCAGUCAAGGAAUAUGGAGGUAGGAAGACUAUUGCCAUGCUAAAUAAAAAGUUCAUUGAAUUUUCUGGGAAGUGUAAAAUAAUUUGGGUGAAAGCUGGAAGAGAGCUCUAGGAGAGAGUUCAAUGGGAGAAAAUGAAUUGGAAGGUUAAAGUUUUAAACUUGUAGCAAGCAUUUUAAACCAGCUGAUAACAGUUUGUGCCUCAAUUUAUUUUUGCCAUUUUUAUGUCACCAAUGUUAAACAUUUUUCAAGGAAGCUUUUUAAAAUUUUUGAUUUGGCCUCUCCCAAUUGUGCAAAUUAAAGAAAAUUCCCCAAUAUAUAUAAUCUGGCAAAAAAGAAAAUUCCACAUUGGCUAUUUCUAAAAGUGCAUGUCUCUGCAUUGUUAAGUUCAUUUGGAGGUAAGUGGUAGGUUUCCUUUUUAUUUAAUGAGUUAUGGGUUGUGGGCAAAAUAAUAAUUUAUUUGGUGGUUGACUACCAGAUGAUGAAUUUAUCCAGACAUAAGUAGGCUAUGUGGUGGGCAACCUAUAUUGUCAAUCAAUCUAAAUCAGUCUUUCCAAAUUGGUAGAAUUUGCCAGAACUUGACAAACAUGAAAUGCUUCAAGAUUACAUGCCAGCAAAAAUUAAGAAUUAAAGUAGUACUUGAGCAGAGAUCUAGGAUUAAAGGAGGCCUGAAAGACAAAUUGGGAGUAAUGAUAGAGUAGAAAUGGGAAGAAGUACAGAAUAAGGAUUGCAACUUUGGGAAUAGAAGACAUGAUGGAGGUUUUUUGGUGGAAUUAACAGAUAAUGAGAAAAGAAGGAGGGGGAAUUAAACUCCCAGGUUAUAAGUAUAGAAAAUUGGAUAAAUGGUGAUGCUAUUGGCAUUUGGUGAGGAAAGGUU